AUGACAAGCUCAAAAUCAGAUGUCCUUGUUAGCCCUGUACAGGACGAUAGGAAACCGGUGUCGUCGGAGAGGCCAGUCAUUGAGGAAACUGUUGCCUCCAUGAAUGGUACUAACCAUGUGAAUACCGAUGACCAUGAUAGCAAAUCAGGUACAGAGGCGAGAAUGGCCGCCAGUAUACGAAGCAUCUUGGAAGACAUAGGAGAAGAUCCCAAUCGGGACGGCCUCCUCAAAACCCCUGAGCGAUAUGCCAAGGCUCUGCUCUUCUUCACCAAAGGGUAUGAGGAAAGUGCAUACGAUAUCGGAAAAGAUGCCAUCUUCAAUAUAAACCACAACGAGAUUGUUCUGGUUCGCGAUAUUGAAGUGUUCAGUAUGUGUGAGCAUCAUUUAAUUCCAUUUGUAGGCAAGGUUCAUAUUGCAUACAUCCCCAACGGUCGUGUUUUAGGGCUGUCAAAGUUGGCUCGAAUUGCAGAGAUCUACGCGCGCAGACUGCAAGUUCAAGAGCGUCUCACAAAGCAGAUCUCUCAGGCCAUCGAAGAACUUCUACAACCCCAAGGGGUCGCCGUCGUGAUGGAGUCAGCCCAUAUGUGCAUGGUUAUGAGAGGCGUUCAGAAGAGCAGUGCUAUGACAACGACAAGCUGCAGGACAGGGGUCUUCAAGACAGACAAGGAAGCGGAAGAGGAGCUCCAUUUCCUCCUAAAGCUGAACCAGGAUUGA